AUGCCGAUCGGAGCACCAGUCGCCAUUGAGCCCCGCGGCUCGGUCGGCGGAUCGCGCGGAGAUUCCCAUGCGCACGUUCAUGUCCACGUGCCACGCGCUGAUUCGCGGCUGCUGAGCCACGUGGCCUUCGAGGCGACAGAUGAGCUGGACCUGGCCCUUCAAUCUCUCCACGCGCGUCUCAAGCCGCUUCUCGCGUCGGACAGCGAAGGCGACGUGCACAGCCAGUUGCAGGAAAUGGUAUCGGAAGGCGCGCAACAACAUGCCGACGUGGUCAACGGUCUCCUCUACGCCAUCCUCAUCGCGUCGCACAAAGCCGGUCCGCCGCCCUCGCCGACGUCGCACGCGGCUCCGGCAGCGGCGGUGCGACUGUUCGGAAUCCUGUGCUCCGUGACGCGCGAUCAUCACGCGUCGCUUCUAGCGACGCUUCAGCGAUUAGCGAGCGACAAGUGGAGCAAGCUCCAGGACCACGUGCGCGCGCAGGUCAUUUGGAUCCUCCGGCAGUUGGUUCAGCUAGCCGUUCAGGAAGCAGAAACGCUCUUUCUCUGCCUCUUCCGUCAGGUCUCCGGCGGCGAUCUCAGCGUGGGAAAUGUGUGGUUAGCUCGGCAAUUACUCGACGUCCUCCGUACCAACGCGCAGUGGCUUUACACUCUCCCGAAUCUUCUCGCCCUCUCGUUAUACACGUUCCUUAGGCUUCUACCAGACCAUGCGGUUAGUAAGGCGCCAACCGUAGUAGAGCUGAAGCAGCAGGAGGUCGCGUUUUGCACGCAGCUGAUUAGGGAGCGGUUUCAGGACUGCCUGGUAAUUGGUCGCGACUUAGUGCGUCUGCUGCAGGAUGUAGCGUUGAUUCCGGAAUUCGAGCCGAUUUGGAGGGACUUGGUGCAUAGACCGGAGACUAUGGGCGCGCCGGGGUUUUCCGAUUUAGCUCAGCUGUACGUCGUGCGGACGCCGACGCGUUUCAUCACGUCGCGAGUUACGCCCGAAAUGGAGUCGCAGCUUCGCUUUCUCCUCGCACACGUGCGCAUGGGCCACCAGCGGCGCUACCAGACGUGGUUUGCCACCCGGUUUCUCGCCGCCCCGGAGAGCGAGUCCCUCGUGGCGGAUUUGAUUCGUUUCGUCUGCUGCUCGGUGCAUCCGACCAAUCAGGUGCUGCAAUCCGACGUGGUGCCACGCUGGGCGAUUGUCGGUUGGCUGCUCAAAUGCUGCAGAAGCUGCCACAUGGAGGCAAAUGCCAAGCUGGCGCUCUUCUACGAUUGGCUCUUCUUCAUGCCCAAGACAGACAACAUCAUGAACAUCGAACCCGCGAUGCUGUGCAUGGUCCAUUCCCUUCCCAAAUACGCCAUUAUGACCAACUCCCUCCUGGAAUUCCUCUUCCUUCUCCUAGAUAACUACGACGCGGCGCAUAGAGACGUGAUUCUCCGCGGAAUUUCCGCCUCGAUCGACAUUUUGGUCGGCAAGGGAGUCGUGCCUAGUCUCGAGCCGCUAGCCACAAGCGGCUUCAUUCCGACAAAGCUUCGUGAGCGGCUUCAGGCGCUUUUUCCUGCGCAUUGUCGGCUCGACGCGUCUCCCCAUCGGUACUUACCCCCCUCACCCCUGCAUGACCCGCACCAUGCGGAAAGAGCUGCGGCGGCGGGAAUACCUGGGGGAGGGGGAGGGGCAGUGGGGAGAGGGGGCCAAGCGCGGGGGAGCGGGGCUUUGGUGAAGUCCCCAAGCCCUUCCCCCCCGCAUUUGGCAGCGGAGAGGGACGGCAUGGGGAAUAUUGUUGGCAGCGGAGCGGGGAUAAGGGCGGCGGAGGAACAGCGAGGCAAGGAAGGGCAGGUGGCGGAGUUGGGGGAAGUGGGGGAAGUGGGCGCAGGCGUUAGCGGAAGCCAUCCUGUGGGUGGUUCUGCUGCUGCAGCCGUUGCCGGGAAGGGCGCGGUUGACGCAAGUGGGUCCAUCACUGGCGCGAGGGCGGCGGAAGAUGCGGAAAUGGGGGAGGCUAGCGCUGCAGGGGAAGACCAGGCUGGUGGAAAAGGCCCUGGCGGAGCGGGGAAACGUAGCAAGUCUCCGGAGGGCGCAGAGAUGGAACUAGGGGAGCGCGCCGGAGGGGAGAGCGAGGCGGCGGAGGGAGGGAGUGGUAAAAGGGAGCGGAAGAGGAAGAGGGAGGAGAAGGAGGAAGGGGAGGAGGAAGCGGAGGAGGGAGGGGAUGUGGAGGCUGGGGAGGUGGAGGGAGGGGAGGUGGUGGAGGAGGAAGGGAAAAGAGAGCAUAGCGAGGAGAGAGAGGGCAUGGACGAGGAGAUGAGGGCUAUAGAGAGAAUGGUAAAGGGUAUGGAAGAAGCUGCGGAGGCAGGGGACGGGGCGAAGGUCAUUGGCGGAUUCAAGGCGUUCCUGGUGGCUUUAAGAGGCGAGUAUCCAGUCAGUGAAGCUGGCGGGCGGAAGCCGCAGGGGCAAGCUGAGGGGAAGGCGCAAGGGAAUGAGUACGGGGAACUGGAGGGCGGGCAGGAGAUGGAAAAAGAGGGCAAAGGGGGAACGGGGGGAACUGCAGGGAGGGCGAGGGAGCGGCGACCUGUGGUGAAUGAGGAACAACGGGAUGAGGAAGACGCGCGGUUGGAUGAGGAACGAUCUGACAGGAGCGUCGACUCGGAUGUGACUACAGAAAGAGGCACUACAGAGGGGGAGACGGCGAGCGAUGCUUGCGAGGAUGGCAGGAAAGGGGAGGAAGCAACGGCGACAGCAGCAGAAGCAGCAGCCGACGGGGCAGCCUCCCUGUCUCCUAGUCGGUUGAACGAGCUGCAGCUGCCGCUACCCUGCCUUCCUGCCACCGUGGGAACUUUGGAAGGUUCUUCUAGGGACGGUGUCACUGGGAACGAUGCUUUUGGGAAUGAGGCUGCUACUGGGAAGGAUGCUUCUGGGAGUGGUGCGUCUGAGGACGGUGCAUCUGGGAACGGUGUAUCUGCUGGUGCAGCUGGUGUGAAGGCGAAGCUUGGAACGCCAUACCCGUUAGAAGGCGCCGCGUUAUCAAACUGGACGUCAACGUUGAUGGUUCUGCAUGAGUAUGUUUUGCAGAAUGAGUGGUGGUGGAGAGAGCGGAGGGCGGGUGGUGGUGGGGAGGAUGGGGAGGAGAACCAGGGGGAGCAGAGAGAAGAGGCGAAUGCGAUGGACGCUACAGGAGGGGAGGAGGGCCAGCGGAGUGGAAAAGGAAAAGAAGAUGGGGAGGGCGAGCAGGACGGUGAGGCGACUGACAAGGACAAGGGUGAAUGCGGUGGGUAUGACUUGAACUUCUUGCUGCCAGUAGAGGAGCUGCUUAUAUCGUGGCAUGACAUGGGCCAGCCAGUUACUGCCUGGUUGCUGUGUGUGGGUGCAGCAGCAGCGGAGAAAGAGCAACUGAGUGCGGCCGAUGCACUUGCAGCAGCAGCCAGGGCAGCUAGUGGUACAGAAGUUGCUACUAAGCCUGCGUCUUCAGUUGAUGCCCGUUCGAAAAGGGAUACUCAGGGGGCUGGGUCCUCGACUGGAGGGGAGGGCAGAGAGGAGAGUGACGAGGGUGGGGAACAAAGAGGGGGGUGUAGGGGGGUGCCAGCAGAAGUGGUUUUUGGUUUCUAUGAGCGCCUGGUUAUGCUGUGCUGGGAGCGAGGCAAGCAGGCUUCGUCAGCAGGUGCAGCAGGCAUCUCAGGAGGACCAGGAGCAGCAGAAGGAAGAGGAGCAGCAUCGGAGGAAAAAGCAGAGGAAGAGCAGAAGCGAGAGGAAGAGGAGAAGCGGGAGGACAAAGUGCCACCAAGGAAAAGGUGGUCAUCUAUACAGGAAAAGGAGGAUAAGGAGGCGAGGGAAGCAAGCCAGAAGCAGAAGCGAGAGGAAGAGCAGAAGCGGGAGGAAGCGCAAAAGCGAGAGGCAGAGCAGAAGCAGGAGGAAGAGAAGAAGCGAGAGGGAGAGCAAAAGCGGGAGGAAGAGCAGAAGCGGGAGGAAGAGGAGCAGCUGGAGGAAGAGGAUGAGAUAGAUAAAGAGCUGGAACAGAAGCUGCAGAAGCUGCGGCAAGAGCAGCGAGAGCAGCGAGAGCAGCAGCGACAGCAGGAGGAUCUGUGGAUGCCGUUAAUUGGAGACAGCUGGUCCUGGGACGGGCAGGAGCAGCAGUGGUUAUGGCAGUUGGCAGCUGCUGAGGCUGCUGGUUGGAUUCACACCAAAAAAGGGCUUGCAGGAGAAGAGAGUGAGGUGUCUCUUCCAUUGCUUCUGCUACGGGCUAGUGCUGCUGCUGCCGCCGCCACUGCUGCUGCUGCUGCUGCCAGGAGCCAUCUGUCUGCUGAAGGUCAUGCUCAUCACCGCAGCACUCCAGGCAGCAAGUCUGCUUCCUCUCCAGCCAAACACAUCACAUGGGAAGGGCCAAGUUGUGAGGCACUCGCAGGCCUGGGGAUGCUGCUGCUGCAUGCAACCCCGUCCGCCCCCCUCGUCUCCACACUCCUCUCCCUGCCUGCUGACCAAUUCGGCGGAUUGCCUUGCUCUGUGCUCCGGCCAUGGGCGCUGAGGCAUCCUCUUAGAAUAUGGCAGUUUUUGCAAACUUUUGGGAAGAAAAGGCGAUCUGAGGAGCAGCAAGGGACGCUUUCAGUGCCAGGGGGAAUGCCUACUUUCAGCAAUGGAGAGGGCAGGAAUGAAAGUGAUUUGAGAUCGCAGCUGGUUGGACGAAGCCCUUUAGUUGCCCACGUGGCAAUGGCUGCUGAGUCAUUUCAUCUGCUUCUGUGGGCCGUACCUUUGCUGCUGCUUGCGUCGAUACCAGCCGCGCGAUUAGAGGAGACAGCAAUCCGGCCGUUUUCUUCUGAUGACGGCGCGCUCUGGCAGCUGCACGGCCGUGAAUUUGCCAUCCUGAGGCGCCGGCUUACCAAGACGACAGCCGCCCAGGCAACCCCGUCGCCGUCCCCGGUCCCCCCCAAGAAGAAGAAACCGACACCGAGCCCGGUCAAGGGUAGCAGCGGUAACAGUAAAAACUCGGGCGCCAGCGGCGGCAGCAGCAAGACUACACCUCAAACGAAAAGCCCGCCGAAAGUAAACAGUAAGAAUUCGGCCGGCGGCGGUGGUGGCGGCAGCGGCAGCAGCAAGGGCACGUCUCAACCGAAAAGCCAGACGAAGGCCAAGAACCCGCCCGAGGUCCAGGAAGGAUCGACGAAAAAGAGCCCGAAUAAGAGCCCUAAAAAGAGCCCCGUGAAAAGCCCCAACAAGAGCCCCGAUAAGAGCCCCAACAAGAGCCCCGAUAAGAGCCCCAACAAGAGCUCCGAUAAGAGCCCCAACAAGAGCCCCGAUAAGAGCCCUAACAAGAGCCCGACUAAGAGUCCAAACAAAAGCCCCGAUAAGAGCCCCGAUAAGAGCCCCAAUAAGAGCCCCAAUAAGAGCCCCAGCAACAGCCCCGAUAAGAGCCCGAGCAAGAGUCCGAGCAAGCCCAAGUCUCCACCAAAGCCGGCAGAGACCAAUGUGACUAAGAGCCCGAAGAGUCCUAAGAAGCCCAAGUCGCCUAAGAGCCCGAAGCCACCGAAGCCCCCGACUCCACCUCCUGCCCCUCCGGCAAUUAAGUGCGAGGCGCACAAGAACGAGCAACUAGUCAUCAUGGAUGGAAAUCUCUUUUUCACGAAUCAGCUGGACAAGUGCGAGUCGUCUUGUAUCGGGGACGCGAAUUGCCUGUACUACACAUUUUCGGGUCUGAGCUGCCAGCUGUUCACAGCGAACAUGACCAUCAAGCCAACCAAGACGUGCUUCUCGAGGAAGUGCCAGUGGGCCAAGUGCAGGGACCCUUCAGAUGGUGAUUACGAGUCAUAG